CAAUUAAUUCAAAGUCCUGAUCAACUUCCUCAUAAAUCCGACUUGACAAAUUUCCUUAACGAAAAUCCUCCAGUAAAAAUACCGCUUGCUCCUAAUCUUUUUUACCAAAUUAGUACUACGGGUCCAGAUGGUAUAACUGAAGAAGAACGAGAUACAUAUUUUAUAUUAAGUACAGAAGCGGAGUGUACAUUUCUUUUUGCAAAACUUUUAGGACAGUUAAUUUACCCUCCCUCAUAUGGAAAAACUGAAGAUUCGUAUCAUUAUUUGUGGGAUUGUAUUAUUAAAAACACUUUAGAGUUAUUUGGAAUGCAUAGCGCUAGUUUACCAACUUUGGAAUUUGAUCGCAAUACCAACAAACGAACCUCAACAGGUGAAGAAAAGUCCCGGGAAGAAGCAGGAGAUCCUUCAAGUGAAUUAGUUGAUAAGAUCAAAGAUUGGACCUAUGGAGAUGCACCAUAUAUUUUUGCAUACUAUGCUAUUGGCGCUCAAGUCACAUUUGUUGCUUUGUAUAAGCCUGAAAAUAAGAAGAGAAAACUGAACAUUUGCUCUGAACGAAUUGCGGAGUUUGAUUUAGGGC